AGGUUUGUGGAAAUACGAUAUAUCGUUCAGUAUCUUUGAAACAACCAACCACAAUGCCAGCGAAGUUGUGAAAGUUGAAUAAUCUCAUCAGGCAUCCACACAAAAUGUGGUUCGUCACGUUUACACAUCCUGUCAUCUCACGACCACCCUGGGUUGCCUGUGCCCCGAAACGCCUGCUGAGAACGUAGUGUAAAUGUAGCUUUUAACUGCAGUUCUGUACAAUAAUGAUAAACAAAAUAAAUAAUAUACAGAGAGUACAAAAAAAACCCCCAAAACAAUAUAGACAGGAGCUUGCUCACAAAGUACAUCUUUAGGUUGAACCCAUUGUUACAUCUAGUUCCAGUGUACUGUAGGAUUCAAAAAGGACAAUAAAUACUAUAAAAAUGUCAUCACAUCUGGGCGUCCAGUAUACUUUGUGACAAUGACCCCGUCUUUCAGUAGUCCUUUGUUAACAUGCUUGCGUGCUGCAGGUUGUGUGCGCGUGUGCUCAGCAUGGGACGAUCCUGCAUGCUUUGUUUUUGGUUGGGUUUUGCAUGUUGGCUACUACCCCGCCCCCACCCCCACCUCUUUUUAGGCGCAGCCCACGGCUUGUCGUCGGUACUGCAGAUGUUGCUGAGCUACCAUGACCUGCUGAGCGGCGCCGACAAGGACCUGGUGUGGCAGAGCGUCGAUUUCCUCAUGAACCAGGAGCAGAACUGCAACUGGCCGGCCGAGCUGGGCGCCGUGAUCGAGCGUGAGAACGAGCUGGUCCACUGGUGUCACGGAGCUCCGGGUGUGGCCUUUCUAUUCGCUAAGGCCUACUUGAUUAACAAGAAGCCACAAUAUUUGGACACGUGCAUCCGCAGCGGGGAGCUGGUGUGGCAGAAAGGUCUGCUGAAGAAAGGUCCCGGCAUCUGCCACGGUGUAGCCGGCAGCGCUUACGUCUUCCUGUUGCUCUACCGCCUGACUGGCAACUCCAAAUAUAUCUACCGAGCUCAGAGGUUUGCAGAGUUCCUGUUCACGGAGGAGUUCAAGGCAGGCUCGCGCUCAGUCACCAGCGUGUACAGCCUCUUCGAAGGCCUGUCUGGGACCGUCUGCUUCCUGGUGGACCUGCUGCAACCCGAGCAGGCCGAAUUCCCGCUCUUCUGCGUCUUUGAGUGAAGGACAGAACCCACGAAGAGAUUGAAUACUUGAUGACAUUGUCUUAAAGUGUGAGAAUCAAGAUGAUAUUUGUUUUUCAAGUGCAGUAGAAACAUAUCUCUUCUUCAGAUUGUUUAUAACAGCUCUUGUGUUGGAUCUCAUUCGAUUGUGCAGGUCUAGCCAACUGUGGAGAUGCUUCACACAAGUGACGGAUUACAUUUUGUGUAAAAAAGGAAAAAAAAAUCCCUGUGAAUUCAGGAAAUCAAAAGUGUUCUGAUGCUAACUGUGCCUGUUUGGAGUGUCUAUGUGUUUUGCACAUGUAACCCACAACAGGAGUGGAAAUUCUGUUGAUCAAGUGUUAGGCUGGAAAUGCAUGUUCAGUCUUUAUUAAAUGGGUCAUAUUUUUUUC